AUGCUUGCAGCUCAAAGUGUUUGGAUAUUAGCCGUUCUAUUUUGUUUGAAUGCAUUCACUCGUAAUGGCUGGUCAGAAGCUGCUGACAUGCCGAUGGGUUCGUUUAAUUGUUCACAACCACCAAGAUUUGAAAAUUUUGACAUCAGUAAGUGCUGUCGUUUACCUAUAAUAAAUAUGGGUGAUGCAAUUGAAAAAUGUCAUACACAAAUAAAGUCUUUUAAAUCGCACAGUGACAAAUAUCCAGCAUAUGCACAUGUGUGUUAUCCGGAUUGUAUUUAUCGUGAAACAAAUUCCCUCAAGGAUGAUGGUGAUAUACAUAUUGAAAAUGUCCAAAAGUUUUUGACAACAAAUGUUGAACAACGUGACAAGAUUAUUGUGCCAACGAUUGUUGAAUCCUUUCGGACAUGCUUGACCAACAUUAAGCAAAAUAUGCAGGCCAAAGGCAUAAAAAUGUUUUCGAAAUUAACUGACUUGGGCUGCUCCCCAUAUGCCAGCAUGGUUUAUGGCUGUGUUAAUGCUGAGACCUUUCUGCACUGUCCCCCAGAGAUGUGGCAACAAAACGAAAGUUCUUGCAACUUGGCAAAAAGUUUUGCCCAGCAGUGUAAUCCUUUGCCGCACGUACCACUGCCAACGGUUUAAUUUAC